UUGAAAGUCGGAAAGUCUUUUCUAUGCUCUGCACAAGAAGUUCCUCUGCCACGCCCUGGGUUUCUCUUUCCAGAGGCUUAAAACCCUUCUUCCUCUGCCCUACAUGGGUAGCUCUGACAGGUCGUAGAGAAGAAAGACACACAAAGGCCUCUGAGCCUGAGACUAAGGACUGCUUCCAUCCUCAGUAGGACCCCAACACAGAGACCUGGAAAGAUGGUGCUAGAUCUUCUGGGACACUUUCCUCACCUCCUAUUGCUGCUGGGAUUAUGGGGGCCGAUGCAUCCGCUUUUUGCUGUACCUCAGAAUUUGACCAAGGCUGAAUGGUUUGAAAUCCAGCAUUUACAGCCAAGUCCUCUCCUAUGCAAUCAAGGAAUGCGGGGUGUAAACAAUUAUAUCCAGCACUGUAAGCCUGUAAAUACCUUUCUGCAUGACUCCUUCCAGAACGUGACUGCUGUCUGUAACUUGACAAACAUCACCUGCAAGAAUGGACUGAACAACUGUCACCAGAGCCAAAACCCUGUUAACAUUACUCAUUGCAGACUCACUGCAGGAAAGUAUCCUAAAUGCACCUACAAGAAUGCUGCCCUAUACAAGUCCUUCAUUGUUGCCUGUGAUCCCCCUCAGACGGGAGACCCUCCCUAUCCGUUAGUUCCUGUGCACUUAGAUAAGAUCAUUUAAGUUUUCUAUCAGUUUUCCUCUCACUUGGCACAGGUGCUCUUAGGAUCUCUUCUGCUUU